AUGGACAACACAUUUGACAGUUUGAUGAAUGAGGCUUACUCGCCACUUGUUGUAGUUCAUUCUCAUGCUGAUACAACUACUUGUACUACUGAAAUUAUGUUUAAGUCUAGCAGAUUGAUUAGUGCCUUUGAAACUGAGAUAACCUCACCACUGGACAUAAAAAUAACAUUCCUGGACUAUAUCACCUAUGCAAAAUUUGAGAACAAUUGCUGGGACUCAUUGCUUCUAAAUGCAAUCAAUAGCCAUUUGCCCACCAGGGCCGAGAUAUAUGAUAAACUGCAUAACAAUAGCUCGGACCGCCUUUGGUUUGAUAGGUGGGCUCUUGAGAUUUGCAGAGGGUUGAGGCUUAAUGGCGGCCCUCCUUCGGGCAGGAUUAUUUUAGCACCAAAGACUUGUACAUUGGAGUUUGUUGAGGAUAUGCUUGGCAAGAUGGGGGGGAGAGGGUCGGUCUUGGUCCUAGUAGACAGCUUUUCACGAGCUGAGACCAAUACCAAUACUAUUAAUCCCACCACCUCAGAGAAGGCCAGUACCAGCAUUGACCUAUCGCUACCAGCACUGAAAAAUACACUAAAUAGGUAUGAAUUGGAAUCAAUAUUUACGGUGGAAGAGUUUGACCCUGAAACAUACUUAGGCAUAGUGGAGAAAUGGCUAAAGGAUAUUUUGGUAAUACUAGAAAAUGACUAUAAUGAUUAUAUUAAAAAGUCAAAUUGGGAUGAAUCUCUUAUCAAUAAUACAAAAAAUACAGGAAGUAAGAAGGGUUUUUGGUGGGAAACUAAGUUUUUCAAAACUCUCGAAAUAAAACUCAAAGAUGCCACCGUUAACCCCACCCAAGAAACUGAAAAGCACACUGUUAAUAAGAAGUUCCUUGCUAAAGCAGCUUCAUUAGGGCUAUCACUCGGUAAAUUUAAAGAAAUUUAUGGCAUUCUCCAAUACUUGUCUGCAAAUAACACAUUUGACUCUGAGGAUGUGGGUGGCAAAUGGCUUGAGUAUUUGGCCAUUUCCCACUUGUGCAUGGAUGAAAUCUCAGAGGCGCUAAAUCAUUUGUAUAGCAGUUUCAACAAAUACCGUGGAUGUGGUUACUUUCGCAGAUGUCUAUGGAUAGGAAUUGUUGCCAUAUAUAUAUACAGGAGCAGACGGAUGAGGGACAUGGAAAAUUGGACGGUAUCCAGUAUAUCACUUGACUUGGAGGGAUCAAACUUUUACAGUCAAGAUAGCACAAGAGAUAUAAAAAUGUCUAUGCAUGCAAGAGCUGCUUUAUUACUGGAGCAAUCGGCAAUUGUAAAUUGCUUUAAUUCCACCUCCAUCACUAGCAGCGGCUAUACCAGGAAAGGGUCUGUCCAACUUGUAUUGGCUGGGCAUAGAUUUACAUCGGCAGAAUUUAGGCCAUUGGCUUUGUUCUGUUAUUUGCAGAUAGCAAAAAAUUUUACUUUUUGGCCCCUGGCCUUUGAGCACUUGUUGAUCACCAUGGCAAGGCAGGCCGUCCUGAUGGGACUAUUGAAAGAUGCCAUUUGGCACCAUGUAUUAUUGAUUGCAUUUAUUUUUUACGACAAUAAUUUGAAGUCAUACCGCACCGAUAAGCAACUGACUAUAUUUAAACAGCUGAUCCAGAUCAUAAAUGACUCCAAAACGGAAGAAGCCGGCGUUACAAUAGAAUCAGCAACACAAUACAAUUUGGGAGCCUCAUUGGUUGAACUUUUUGAUAAAAUAAACACUAGAUUAUAUAGUAGUGGCUUACCAAUUAAAGUUCCAAAGUUGUUAAAUGAAAAAAUAUUUAUUCAAUUGCCAAGUGAUAGUUAUACUGAGGGGGACGAUUAUGAAUUGCUUUACUCUGGCAAAAGCGAUAAUGUAGGCGAUUUUGACCUUUUUGAAAAUGAUAAAUUUUCAACAGGGGAAAUAGCUUACCAAUGUGCGCUGAUACAGCGGCAAAUUAUUACAAAUGCCAGAACAUCCAAUAGUCCGCGUCAAGAUAUUUACAAGUAUUUUGCCAAAGAUACAUUACGGAUACCUAAAAUGUUUCCAAGAAAUGUACUUCCCGGUACAGUUUUUUCUAUAAAAUUACACUUGUACAAUCCGGUGGACACUGCAAUCACUUGUCAAUCCGUUUCUCUGGUCUGUGAUAGUGAGUGCGUAGAAUGCGAACCGCAAUUUAUUUGCAUAGGGCCAAUGGAAGAUAAGAUUGUGACGUUAAGUGCAACAGUGGACCCUUUGGCUAAGGAAGGAUUAGUUACGAUUUUGGGUGUAAAAUACAUCAUUUUUGGGUCAAUAAAUUCUUAUUUGCCCUUAUUCCAAGACGAUACAAUUGCAGAUGCCAAAGACACUAAUAGCCAAAGCACAAACCUUUCUGACAUUGAUGAAUGUGGUAAGAGCGAUAAAAAUGGUAUAGAAGAUAGAAACAUGCCAACUGAAUCGCCCAAAAGGCUACAAAUCCAAAUAUCUAAGACAAAUUAUCCAUCUAUUACUAUCAAUGGGUCAACUGAACCGUUGGAAGUUAUUGAACUUUACCAGGGACAAAUUUUCAACUAUCAGGCUUUAUCUGCCGAACCUUUUAACUUGAUCUUAUAUCCUUCAUCAUUAGUAAUUAAAACAAAUGAAUUGAAAUCCAUGGACAAAUGCCUUGAAUCAUAUGCUAGCAAACUCACAAUACAUAUAAACACAUCGAAUGUUGGACUAUUCAGAUUGUAUAUGAAAUUUAAUAAUAGAAUUUUCCAAAGGCUUAUAUGCGUCAAACAACACUUGGAAAUUAUUGAGGCGCGACUUUUUAAUCACAAUCUUAUUAUUGCGCGGGUCCAUAACACUGCAGAUCUAGCUCUUAAAAUUGACAGAGUUCCGGUUGUAUUGGAGAGCGGUGAGACUAAAAUCGUAUGCAUACAUCGCAAAAGCUUGAAAAAUAAUCCAUUUGGAGCUUCGCACGACACUUGUGUCAUCAACAACAAAUUCAUUGGCUGGACAGUGGACAGCAACACUAAUGUAAAUGUACAGGUAAAGGGGAUAUUAAAACUACCAGACAUUGUGCGUUUCGAUAUUGAUACUAUGCAUCCAACACCUUUAACAUUCCAAGAUUCUUACCUACCUAUUGUUGCCAGGGCAAAUUGUAUUGAUAGGAUAGUAAACUGGGAUUUUGUAAAGCCAUACAAAUUUGGCAUUUCGCUCGAAUUUUACAAUUCUAGUGGCCAAGAGAUACAGAUUAUAAGUUCUGCCAGGGACACUGAAUGGGCUUCUAAGGCUAUUAAUUUGAAUACCUGGCCCUUUGUACGCCAUUUUACGGGUAAAAUUGUACAUUCUAUCACUAUUAAAGGCAAUGAAUCAGCAAAUGUUGAUUUCUCAGCUAUGGUGUUUACCCCGGGGGUUUUCGAUGUCUCAAAUUUUGAUGUAUACCUACCCACACUUGAUUUUCGGCUCAAACUACCUGAAUCGCUAGUCAUAAUAUGCAAAACACCACAAAACACUACAACACGCCCUGAUUAA